UUGCCGCUUGAAUGUGCAUUUAAAUAAAGUUUUGCGAUUCAAAAGCUCUAAGUUUGCUCCUGCUUUCGGUUUUACUAGCGCUUAUAUAGGAAUAGGAAGCGGGGCAGAAUUUCAGUUUGUCACCGCGGAUGAGCCUCUGCCACGUCAGACUGCACACGCCGCAGCUGCUCGGCUUCCAGGGUUUACACACAGCACAGCUGUGAAGUUAACAGGCUAAUCAAAGCAUAAUAUACGCAAACUGUAGGUCGCAGCGAGGCCAACGCGGCUAGCUGGCUAACGUUAAACGCUAGCUUCCUGCUGUGAGGUUGGAGCAGCAAAACCAUCGGUUUUUCUUUGUUUUUCAGUUUUAAUUUUGUCCUUUGUGUGCGUCUCAGGAUGGAGGGGAAAUACAACCUGAAGAGCCCGGCGGUGAAGAGGCUGAUGAAGGAAGCGGCUGAACUCCGGGAUCCCACUGAGCACUAUCACGCCCAGCCUCUGGAGGAUAACCUCUUCGAGUGGCACUUCUCAGUGCGCGGGCCUCCAGAUUCAGACUUCGACGGAGGGAUCUACCACGGCCGCAUCGUUCUUCCUCCCGAGUAUCCAAUGAAGCCACCGAGCAUCAUCCUCCUCACUCCCAACGGGAGGUUUGAAGUCGGGAAGAAGAUCUGCCUGAGCAUAUCUGGGCAUCACCCGGAGACCUGGCAACCAUCCUGGAGCAUCCGGACAGCUUUAAUAGCGAUUAUAGGGUUCAUGCCGACUAAAGGAGAGGGAGCUAUAGGAUCACUGGAUUACACUCCUGAAGAAAGGAAAGCCCUGGCCAAGAGGUCUCAGGAUUUCUGUUGCGAGAUGUGCGGUUGCUCGAUGCGUACAGCUCUGCAGCCACUGACGCCCAACAGCGAGCGCCAGCCCGUGGACCCUCAGGCUCAGCAACUAGCACAGCAGAUCAACUUUAAGGCUGAGUCCAGCACAUCAUCCACCGCCAGUGAGAGUAAAGAGACCGCGAGCGUUAGCCAAACUGCCCAACAGGAGACGAGCUCCAUCUCAGAGGGGCUGGACAGUGAAGCUACAGCUCCGGCCGAACAGGCUGAGUCGGUGUCUGAACCCGCCUCCACUCCUACGACUCCCAGCUCUCGGCCCCUGAGCCCUCGACAGCGGCGCGCUCAGAACCAGAACCAGAACCAGCCACAACGCCGGCCCACUUACCCAGCAUUCCCUGCAGCAGCCCAGCAAGACGGCAACCACACGGGCUCAGCCGUGCUCAUCGUGCUGCUCACGCUGGCUCUCGCCGCCCUCGUCUUCCGCAGGAUCUACCUGGCCCAGGACUACAAGUUUGACUACGAGCUCUGACCACAGAGUUUAAAAAAAAUAUAUAUAUACAUAUAUAAACUCCCACCAAAACUAAACUGCCGCCAACCUCCACCACCUUCCAGCUGCCACGAUCUCCUCAGUGAUGCCUGAUUGUGCUUAAUAGUGCAUACCAAAGGAGGAGGGCAGCUCAUACUGUACUUAUUUAGAAAUUAAUCACAUCUCUACUAUAUUUAGAAAAGAAAAUGACUGACUCAUGUUGGAAAUACACUCUUUCUUUCUUAAUUUGAAAGGACUGGCAGUCGAACUUCCUGUCCAGGAAAUAUGGUUUGCCUGGAAUACAAUGGGAUCUCGCUGUUUUUCCCCCAUAUGCUGACAUGCUGGUUGUCUAGGUUAUAUCUAUUGCAAGCCAUUUUAAUUGAGGUAAAGUUUUAUUUAUGAAGCUGGAUAUGAAAGUUAUUUCGUAAAUCAUUCUUGGGAGAAAUGUGGUACUCGCGAAUCACCCCUUAAGUUUGUGCCGCCUAGUUUUUGUAAAUUUGAGUUUUAAAAUCGCAAUGUGUUACUGUAACAACUCUGUGUCACCGGAAUGUUUUUAAAUCUUUGUUUGCUUUGGCCCAAUACUGCCGUUCACUAAAUCUGUCUAGUUGCUUUUUUUUUUUUUUGUUUUUUUUCAGGCUUCUGUUUACAUUUUUAUUGCCCCGCUUGUCUUUAAAAUGCUUUAAAAAGCAAAUGGGAUUGUCACCGUUAUUGUCACUGCAGUUAUAUGUACUCUAAAGGACUUUUAGAGGACUCUAAAAAAAAAUUAUGUAUUGUUCUUUUAAUAUUAACCCUUGUGCGUCAAUUAAAAGAAAAAAGUUACACCUGGUUCCAUAGAGGACAAAAACGUCCAUGUCCAAAAACUGUCAUAAAAAUAUUAUAUAUUCUUAUUUUUUUUCCACUUUCACUGAUAAAAGGUGAUUUUUUUUUUUUUUUUUUUUUUUUUUUUUUUUUAAAUUUAAAACCAUCAUCAGUUCUAGUCAUAAUUACCAAACAUUCAUUCUCAGAAUUUGAACCCUUUAAACGCCGGUUUCUUUACAUAAUGCAAAAAUCUUCAAAGCUCCGUAGGACUCGUAUACGUGGGUUAGGGUUGUCAUUUCCAGUACAAUAUAAUUGACUUUCUCUCAAACUGUUCACACACACAAAAUUUUCAGUACACACACAUACGAACCCCGACUCUGAUAUCCACACACACACACACACACACACACACACAAAAUUAUAGCUGCAUCAUUUAUUCAUAUGCUCUAUAAUACAGCAGAAUCAGAAAAAAAGGGAAAGCAUGAGAAAAUACUACAUUUCCAGAAAUUAAUUUUUAUUAUUAUUUAUUUAUUUUUAAUCAAUGUUUUGAAACCUUACGGUUUGUCCUUAAGGUCUUGAGUGAGUAACUAUUUUGUGUACCUAGUUUAAAAUUUAUGAAAAGCAAAUGAGGGUGAAAUAUUAAAAUUCCAAUUAAAAAAUAAACACUUAAAAAUUAAUGCUGUUUGCAUCAACACAGACAAAAUUAUUAUUCUUUUUUUUAAAAAAAAAAAAACAACAAAAUGAAAAAGAUAAACGUGUGCAUAAGGACGCACAAGGGUUAAUGGUGACACAAAAGCAGAUAAUCUCAAAGGAAAUAUCCGAACUGAAAGUGCUUAGUAAAUAUAAUGUAGGUAGGCUUUAGGCUUGUUCGAUAUUGAUUUUUUUUUUUUUUUUUUCCACCUGUUGCUAUUUACCAUUAAAAAAAAAUUCACAGUGAAUGAAUGAUCAUCCAGAUAUUUAAAAAAAAAAAAAAAAAAAAAAAACACAUUCUACCAUUUCAGGUUUAAGGAGAGUAUGGGUUUGCUUAAUGUUAUUAUCUGUGAAGUCAGGAACUGCCUGGAUUUUGGAUUUCUCGCUGAUUCCAUAGCACAGUAAACAGUUUGAUGCAAGCCUAUGUAAUCUUUUGUUUUUUUCUUCCUCUUUUCCACAAAAAACGAAGGUGCCGUUUAUGCCUGAAAUGUUUUGCUGGCAACCCUUAUUACGACAGUUAAGUGAUGGUAACUAUAUACUUGUCGAAUGUUGGCUAGAUCAAACAUGCAUUAAUAAUUACGUCACAUCCACGUACUCAAAAACAUUCUCAAGCAUGUGAGAAUGGGCGAAGGGGCGGGGCUUCCAGGUGAUGUCGGUUAAUACUGGAGAGUUCAAAACGCGUGUGCAAAUUAUUCAAGAUUCAUAUAUAUCGGUCAGUCCCUGCAGGAUUUUGCGAGCGCGGAAAGGAACGCAAAAGCAAGGGUACUCCGCACUAUUUCAGAGGACGAGCUUGCAAAUAUUUCAAAAUUUCAGAUUUGGGCCGAGACGCGUCAUGUGACGUCAUCACAACGCGCAUCCAACCGAAGCGCGCUUCGAUUCACGUGCGUCGAAAGUAGAGUACAGCUGAAAGUUCUCGUUUACCAACAAACCUCACUGCGAAACGCAAUUUUGUGCAAUUUCGCUGAUUCAAGUCAUUUUCUGCAACAAAUCAAUAAAACGCACCAAAAAAAACAAAUUUUGAAAAAACCCAAGCGUUUUUGUCCGCCACAAUCGCUUAAAAAUCUCCACGUAAUUCUGAUCUAUUGACUCGUCUACUGUUUUACUGCUUGGCUGGUGCAUUUUUGAUUGACAACUCCAAGAUUUUUGCAACUAUGGAGCUGCUACACAAACUGUUAUAUAUAUAUAUAUAUAUGUGUGUAACAUCACGUAGGGACGAUUAAAUUGUUAAAGCGAACACGAGCCUAAUAAGUGUCACUAGAACGUGAUAUGAUCUGAUCUAUGACUACGAUGGUGAAAUAUUCGCCUUGAUUUCUAGACCUGGGGGGAGGGGGUGUUGUUUUUGUUUUCUAAUGCAAGCCAGUCACUUUCUACUAAUGAAUAUAAUGAUGAUAGAUAUGAGACAAACUGGGUAUUGUGUUUUCCAGCCAAAGCUUUCCGUCAUUGGUUGCCAAGCUGAGAGAGCCGUACCCUCUGUUACAGGGCACGCACACGAUCAGCAGACCUUCGAGGAGGACAAACCUUGAAACAAAAGGAAGACUUGGUGGUCGGCAAUAUUGCAUUCCUAUAGAUAGGGAUUUUUCUUUAUUUAUUUAUUUAUUUUUUAAAAACUAUAAAUCCGGUUUAGAAACGUUAAUAUAUGUUGUUAUGACCUGUAAUCAUGUUAAAGGACUUUUUGAGCCUCACAAGGCUUCUGAUGCAUGCGCUUCUGGUCAGGUACAAAAUAUUGUCACGUUGAAUUGCACCCCAUCUAAUGUUCGCCAAAGUUACCACGAAGUUCAUUAAAGUGCAUCAGAUCUAGACAAGCUCUUGCAGAAGUCUAUGCUCUUAAAUAACGACCUGCGCAAACACACACGGUUGCUGAAGUGCCCCUUAGUGAGGGUUCUGACAGACUGCGUAAGUCUUUCCAGCCUGUAGUGCUUUUAAUUGUGAUAGAAUUGUAAUAGUGCUUUUAAAAGUUUUACGCUAGUUUAUACCCUGCAUUUAAAAUGGCUCGGGUU